CUCUUCAGUUAUUGAAAGAUCCUCUCUCGCCUGAUUCAAUGGCGGAUCGCGUGAAAGGUCCAUGGAGCCAAGAAGAGGACGAGCAGCUGAGGCUGAUGGUGGAGAAGUACGGACCGAGAAACUGGUCGGCGAUCAGCAAGUCGAUUCCAGGUCGAUCUGGUAAAUCGUGUCGAUUACGGUGGUGCAAUCAGCUAUCUCCGGAGGUUGAGCAUCGACCGUUCUCGCCGGAGGAAGACGAGACGAUUGUCUCCGCUCGCGCCAAGUUCGGUAACAAAUGGGCCACGAUCGCUCGUCUUCUCAACGGCCGCACGGACAACGCCGUGAAGAACCACUGGAACUCGACGCUCAAGCGGAAAUGUUUAGAUGGGAAUCCGACGGCGGAGGAGGAACAAGAUCCGGCGAAGAAGAGGAGAUCGAUGAGCUCUGAGUCCGUCCCUCCGGUGGACACUGGGCUGUACAUGAGCCCUGAGAGUCCCACCGACGUUGGUAGCGACUCCAGCGCGGUUCCUCCUCAGCUUUUUAAACCAAUGACGUCUUCGUCGGAGGAGGAUCCGGCAACGACGUUGAGUCUGUCGCUGUCGCUUCCCGUAAGCCAGGAGUCGAGGAACACGGGUUCGAGCGACAACUCGUUGCCGUUUCCGAGGUUUGAGAGGCAGAUGAAGAUUAAUGUAGAGGAGAGAGGGGGGGAGGCGCGUAGAGCUGAGUUUAUGACGGUGGUGCAUGAGAUGGUUAAGGCGGAAGUGAGGAGUUACAUGGCGGAGAUGCAGAGAAACAACGGUGGUGGAUUCGUCGUCGGAGGUUUCUAUGAUAGUGGUGGAAUCACACCUAAGGUUGAGUAGUUUUUUGGCACGUGUGAGAGAGAGAGUUAGGUGAUCGAAUCGGUUUGGGGAUUUGAAGAGCAAUUCAUUUUUGGGUUGUGGUGAAAUGAAAAAGAAUGUACAGUUCAAUUAAAAUUGGAUAAUAAUAAUAAUAUUUAUGGAAUAAUCUUUACCCAAAACA